AACACAAAAAUCUCUCGUCAUCGUCGCACCACAAAAGGCUUGUAAAAUUUUAGUGAAUGUGAUAAAGUAGAAAAUUAACCCAUAAAAUCCAAACAAAACUCGGUUAAUUUAAUUGUUGCACGUUCCUGCUAGCAGUUCUCAUCUUCGACUUCUUCGGCUGAUUGAAUUCAAUUCCGGAAAAUGGCCGUCAAAGCAAUCAAUGAUGAGGCCCACUUCCAGGCGGAACUUUCGGCCGCUGGUGGCAAGUUGGUUGUGGUCGAUUUCACCGCUACCUGGUGUAGCCCCUGCCGGAAUAUUGCUCCGCUGUUCGAGCAGCUUCCAGCCAAAUACCCGAAGGCUGUCUUCCUGAAGGUUGACGUGGACAAAUGUUCGGAGACAGCAUUUUCGCAGGGCGUUUCCGCUAUGCCUACCUUUAUCUUCUAUCGGGCCAAGACCAAGAUCGACCGAAUGCAGGGCGCGGACAUCAACGGGCUGGAAGCCAAAAUCCAGAAGCACUACGAAGCGAGUGUCGACGAAUCCGGCGAAGACUACGGUCACGGAAUGCUGGAUCUCGUUACGUUCAUUCAGAAGAACCAAUGCGAAUGCUUGAAUGAAUCCGACGAUCACCCGUUGACGAAUGCGCUCAGCGCCACUGGGGGUCACUUGGAGUCCGGCUGCGAUGAACAGCUGAUCAUUUCCGUUACCUUCAAUCAGGUGGUUAAGAUCCAUUCGAUCAAAUUCAAGUCUCCCCCUGCCCAUGGUCCGAAAAAUGUUAAGUUGUUCAUCAACCAGCCACGGACGAUCGAUUUCGACCAGGCCGAAUCACAGAUCUCGGUGCAGGAUUUGGUGCUGGAGGAGAAGGAUCUGGAAAAUGGCACCCCGGUUCAGCUGCGCUAUGUAAAGUUCCAGAACGUCCAAAACAUUCAGCUGUUUGUGAAGGACAAUCAAAGCGGAGACGAGAGAACGAUUAUCGAACAUUUGGCUUUCAUUGGAUCGCCCAUCGCAACCACCAAGAUGGACGAUUUCCAGCGUUUGGCUGGCAAGAAGGGCGAAAGCCACUAGAAGACGGAAAAUACCGAUUGACUGACCUCGGUUCAGGAUUGAAUGGUUCGAAAUUGCAAAUUUGAGUUUGCUGAAAUUUAUGCAGAGGAGGAAGAUCUUUUUUUACAUAAAUUAUUGAAUAAAGCGAGCAUAUUUUAAAUUGAA